AUGAACGCCGCUUCCCUCGGCGACGCCGCCCUCUCGGCCUCCGACUACCCCACCGCCCUAACGCACUACACGACCGCCCUACUCACCCACCCCCGCUCCCCAACCUACUACAUCAAACGCUCGACGGCCUUCUCCCGCCUCAAACCCACCCCGAACCUGUCCUCCGCGCUCCACGAUGCCGAAACCGCCGUCGUGCUUGCGCGCGAGCGCGGCAAACGCGAGCUGAUUGUCUCGGCGCAGCUGCGACGCGGGAUCGUCCUCUUCUUGAUGGGGAGGUAUGUCGAUGCGGGGUUUUUGUUGGGGAGGGUGGAGGAGAUGAUUGGGUUGAAGGAGGGGGGGAGUGGGGAGGAGGAUAAGGAGGAGAGGUUGAGGAGUGCGAUGAGUGGGAGUGGCAGUGGGGGGAAUAAGGGUGUGGAAGCGGAGGUGAGGAUUUGGAGUGCCAAGGUGAAGGGGAAGAUGGGGGCCUUGGAGACGGUGGGCGAGGUGGAGGUUAAGGAGGUGCCGGAGGGGGUGAAGGUUCCUGAGGAGGCGGAGUUGAAGAUGCAGUUGGAGGUGUUGAAGGGGGGGAAGGUGGAUGUUGGUGCUGGUGCUGCUGGUGGUCAAGAGGAGAAGAAGGUGGACAAGGCCGAGGAGAAGGUUGAGACGAAGCACGAGGCCUCCCAGCAACAACAGGUCAAGACCCAGCCGGUCGUGGAAAAGGUCCGCCACGAGUGGUAUCAAUCGACCGAGACGGUGGUGGUGACGCUGUAUGUGAAGGGCGUGCCCAAGGACAAGGUGGAUGUGGACCUCAAGGAGGACUCGGCCUCGCUACAAUUCCCCCUCCCCUCCGGCGCCGAAUACGACUUCACCCUCGACCCGCUCUUCGCACCCAUCAACCCCUCCGCCUCCAAAGUCUCCGUGAUGUCCACCAAGAUCGAAAUCCUCCUGCGCAAGCAAUCCGCCGGCCAGAAAUGGAGCGCUCUCGAAUCCACCGCCACAGCCCCCAAACUCUCCGAUCGCCAGACCGUUCUCAGCACCACUUCCACAACCACCACUACAGCCCCCGGCCCCGCCUACCCAACCUCCUCCCGCCACGGCGCCAAAGACUGGGACAAGCUCGCCUCGACCCUCACCGCCAAGAAACCCAAGGACAAGACCAAGACAAAGAAACCCAAGCCCGAAGGCGAAGACGCAGGCGAAGGGGAAGAUGCAGAUGACGCCGACUCGGACGCCGAAUCCGACUACGGCGCCGCGGACCCCGUCGACGGCUUCUUCAAGAAACUCUACGCCAACGCGGACCCGGAUACCCGUCGCGCGAUGAUGAAGAGUUACGUCGAGAGUCAGGGUACCUCGUUGAGUACGAAUUGGGAUGAGGUUCGUCAGGGUCCGGUGAAGGUCAGGCCGCCUAGUAGUGAUUAG